AUGGACGCUCCGGCAAUUGAGGUGGAGGCAGCGCAGGCCGGCGGCCUGGAGACGGCCAAGGAUUUGCUCUCGGGCGCCGUGGGAGGAAUUGCGCAGGUUCUUAUUGGCCAGCCCUUUGACAUCGUCAAGGUCCGUCUCCAGACGUCAUCCCAGUACUCCGGCGCCCUCGAGGCGGCCACCUCCAUCUACCGCAACGAGGGCGCUCUCGCCUUCUACAAGGGCACGCUGACGCCGCUCAUCGGCAUCGGCGCCUGCGUGUCGGUGCAGUUCGGCGCUUUCCACAAGGCGCGCCGGUGGCUCGAGGACCGCAACGCCGCCAACGGCCGCCGCGCCGACCUCUCGUACGGCCAGUACGCCGCCGCCGGAGCCUUCGCCGGCGUGGCCAACUCGGUCCUCUCCGGCCCCAUCGAGCACAUCCGCAUUCGCCUGCAGAGCCAGCCGCACGGCGCCGGCCGCCUGUACGACGGUCCCCUCGACUGCAUCCGCAAGAUCGGCGCUCACGAUGGUACUCUGCGCGCUCUCUACCGCGGCCAGGCCGUCACCAUCUGGCGUGAGGCCUUCGCCUACGGCGCCUGGUUCACCUCUUUCGAGUACAUGAUGAAUGCCGACGCCGCCCGCAACAAGAUCGACCGCAAGGACAUCGCCAGUUACAAGAUUGCUUUCUACGGCGGUCUCGCCGGUGAGGUCCUCUGGCUCGCCAGCUACCCUCUCGACGUCGUCAAGAGCAAGAUGCAAACCGACGGCUUCGGUCCUAACCAGCGCUACCGCAACAUGCGCGACUGCUUCGCCACGACCUUCCGCGCUGAGGGAGCCCGCGGCUUCUUCAAGGGCAUUGCCCCUACCCUGCUCAGAGCCAUGCCUGUCAGCGCCGGCACCUUUGCCGUCGUCGAGAUGACCAGGAGAGCACUCGACUAG